AUGAGGGAAGCAGGGCGACCAGAAAAUGUAACAAUAGCAUUCGUGAUGGCCUCGAUAACCUGCUCAGGCUCGACUGCCAUGCUACCACAGCACGCUGUGCUGCCUGCUCGCCGUGGAUUAAUGCUGGAAAGAAUACAAAACAAGUAG